UGCGAUCUAAAAAAAAAACAUUUCUAUCGCCGUUUUUCGUUUUUCAACUUUUAACAUGCGAUCUAAAAAAACAUUUCUAUCGCCGGUUUUUGUUUUUCAACUUUUGAAAAUGCGAUCUAAAAAAAAACAUUUCUAUCGCCGUUUUUCGUUUUUCAACUUUUAACAUGCGAUCUAAAAAAAACAUUUCUAUCGCCGUUUUUCGUUUUAAAACUUUUGAAAAUGCGAUCUAAAAAAACAUUUCUAUCGCCUUUUUUCGUUUUUAAACUUUUAAAAUGCUAUCUAAAAAAACAUUUCUAUCGCGUUUUUCGUUUUAAAACUUUUAAAAUGCGAUCUAAAAAAAUAUUUUAUUUUGAAACUCAUAUACGAAUUUAAUACAAUGUCAAACGAUUUUCUUUUUUUUAAACCAUACGCAUCUAAAUAAAAUCUCAUACGAAUUUUUUGUUAAACUCGUACGAAUUUAACUCAUACGAAUUUAAUUUAAAACUCAUACGAAUUUAAUUUAAAACUCAUACGAAUUUAAUUUAAAACUCAUACGAAUGUUAUACAAAUUUAGAAAAAUUUCAUACAAAUUUAAUUACUGUAUGGCAAAAGAAAAUUCGUAUAGCAUAUACGAUUUUUUUGAUACGAAUUGCUUUGAAUUUUGUAGAUGACCCCUAACAAGUAGUCUACAUCUUUCAAGUAGAUUAUAAAUAAAUCAAACUCAAUCUAUAAUAAUUGUAUUAUUCUUGUUCUUAUUUUUGGCUGGACCUCCGUUCCUGUUAAAGAAGGACCGAAUAUCCUUUGAUUUUGGUACGUUUGUUUGGUCAGUCGCUUUUCUCUUCUUCUUCUUAUUUCUCUGUUGAUUGAUAUGUUGAUUUGGAUUGGCAAUAACAACUGGUAUUUGUUCAAUGAAUGAUCCCAUAAUAAUUUCUUCCUUCGGCUCACAAUAAAGUUUGAGUACGAGUUCCUCAUAUCUUUUCAAAAGAAGAUGUCCCAGGACACUAGCUGGCAUUGUUACUUUGAUGAUGCAUGGAAUUUCCAAACCCCCCUGGAAUAACGGUGAUCGUUUAUAGUGUGUAGCUGUCAGUUCUGCUUCCACAUUGGCACCUCUGUCCAACAGAAACUUUGUUGGCCGAGAUAUCUCCCUUGGCAAAUGGCCAACGGUUGUUUGGACACCACCAUCAGCUUGUAAUGUUUUGAUUGCGAACAUGUCAAAGACAUUAUUUUCUUCGAAUAAACACGUUAACUUUUCUUCCUCAGAUGAGCCCCAAACAUCACGAUACAGAUGUGCGUGGAUGUGAGCAGUGCUUUAAAGAGAAGAAGACACAGGGUAGAUAAAGCUUUACAAAGUAAAAACAUUCAAAUUUUCUACACAAUAAACAUUGAUUGUGUUUCGCUGUGAAAAGUGGAAAUAAGGUGUCUCGUUUUGGUUCCAGCUUGAAUCAUGUCUAUCCUUCAAAGCCUUGGUAAGAUUAAAGAAAUGAGAAACAGUGCUAUGGCUAAAGAAAAGCAAGCUAACUCAGAUUUUACUGUUGGAAAAUCAAAUGAAUCUUCAAAGAGGUUGCCAUUAACAACCCAACAACAGCCAUGUCACUCAGAGACAGGUCUUGGUGUUUUGGAUUUCGAUGCAGUUUCAACGGCAGUAAGUAAAAACAACGUAAAGACUAAAAGAGAACGAUAUUACAAGUACACACACAAAGAGAGAUUCAAUAUAGGAAAACAUACAGCAGAAUUCGGUGCAAAGACCGCAUUAAGAAAGUUCAAGGGACGAUUCCCAAAUUUAAACGAGAGUACCACACGUUCAAUGAGGGAGAAGUAUGAGAAAGAGAUAAGAUUGGCAAAUCUUAAAGGACGUGAUCCAGAGAUGAAGUUAAAAUCCGAGCGGCGUGGACGACCUCUUCUACUUGGAUCAAUCGAUAUGUUAGUGCAGAAUUAUUUACGAGCUGUUCGAGCACGUGGUGGUGUGGUUUCGUUUACCAUUGCAGAAUCAGUUGCGAUCGCUUUGAUCAGAAAGCACCCGGAAUAUAACUUGGAUCACAUCAAAGUAACUGGCUCAUCUUUUGCACAAAGCAUCCUACGUAGAAUGAAGUUCGUGAGGCAGUUUGGAACCACUGGCAAAGUACAAAUCUCAGAAGAUCUUCGUCAGGAGCUCUCAAAGAGUUUUUGUAUGGUAUCGUAAGCAAAAUCGAAAAGCAUAAAAUACCACACUCAAUGGUGCUAAACCUAGAUCAAACUCCUUCAAAGUAUGUUCCAACCUCGAAUAAGACCAUGGCUAAACAGGGAUCGAAAACCGUACCAAUUAAAGGGUCAACAGAUAAACGAUCUAUAACGGCAACAUCAUUACAAUCACACUGGAAGGACAUUUCCUUCCUAUUUAGCUGAUUUACACUGGCAAAACAAAGAAAAGUCUGCCUAGAGUUGAUUUCCCAAAAAGCUUUAGUUUGAGUGCGAACCCAAAGCAUUACAGCAAUGAAACAGAAGCAAUUAAGAUCUUGGAGGAUAUCAUAAUACCUUACGUCAAAAAAGAAAGGAAGAAAUUAGGUUCAAAGGAAGAUCAUUUCGCCCUUCUUAUCAUGAAUGUAUUCAAAGGCCAAAUGACACCCAAAGUGUUGAAUGUUUUAAAAAACAAUCACAUCUUACUUCAAAGUGUGCCUGCGAAUUUCACUUACCUCUUUCAACCCCUUGACGUCCAAGGUGGUCCUAACGGGUACGUCAAAAGAAUGAUGAAACAAAAAUUUUCAGAAUGGUACACUGCCAAGAUCAUGCAAGCUUUAGAUGCGGGUAAGCCGCUUGCCGAAAUAGAGGUGGAUUUGAAGUUGUCGAUCGUAAAGCCCCUACAUGCCUAAUGGAUUAUAGAGGUCUACAAUCAAAUGACCUCGGAAGAAGGAAAAAAGAUCUGUUUGAAAGGGUGGCAGGUGUCAGGUAUUAAAGAUGCAGUCGACCAAGGGUUAUCUGAAUUACCAUCCCUGGAUCCAUUCGCAGAUAUAGCUCCCAUGCUCGAGACUGGAAUUGACGAAAGUGAAGCUCAAAUCCAGUCAAAUUCUCUCUUGGAAGACUCAAAGUACAUAAGUGAAUCUGGAAGAGAUGGAGAGGAGGAAAGCGAUUGUGAGUAUGUUGAUGGAGAUGAAGUUGAUGAUGACGAAGGAGACGAUCCUUUCGAUGACGAGUCGGAGUCGGAUGAUGAUGAUGAAAAUGAGGAAUGAAGAUCAUAAGAUUUUUUUUCAUUUACUGUAUUUAGGUAGACUUUCUAGAAAACAUGUUACAAUCAAAAAAUAUUACGAGUUCAACUCUUCAUUUCAAUUAUAAACUCUAGUAACCUCCUAAAAGUACUUUCUUUGAAGUUUUUUUAAAGCUUUUGAGUGACUUUGUCUGCCUUUGUUCGAUUAAAAAACACACAUCUCUUUUCUAGUUAAAAUUUAUAUAGUCGCGAAAUUAAAUAAAGAAGGCCUAAAAUUUUAAAGACCCUUGAUUCGCAAAAUUUAAUCCACGCAAAAUCUUUAAAUUCUCGUCUCGCGAAAAUUAGUACACGCGAAAAUUUAUCCACUUAAGGUAUAUAUAGCUUUUAGUAAUUUUUUGGGCUAGCCACUAUAAAUAUGCUUUACCUAGGGUAGAAUAUCAUAUAGAAAAUCAACUUUAACAGUCCUUAUUUUGUGUUCCCUAAAAGCCGUUAAAAAUGGUAGUUGCAGAUUAAAAUGAUAUAUAUAUAUCAAUUUUUUUCGUUAAAUUCCUCAAAAUUAAAUUUUCGCAAAAAAUUAGACAGGCCUAUCAAUAAGGCCCAUUGUUGCGUAUUGUUGAAUUUCCGCGCCCGAAGGCGUAGGAAAUUCUUUAAAACCGUCGUUUUUUUCUUUCGGAGCAUUUUUUGAGAAAAAUCGACCCUGGGAUUUCACGUUGGUCCGUCACAGAUGUAAACUUCGUACCCAAGCUCCUUAACUACUGGGAAGUCUAGUAUUGACGCUUCAGGCCAAAAUUGGUAUUUGUUUUCGACAAAAUUUGGCACAGUUAACAAAAAAGUAUGCUGAACAUAAUGGUGACAUAAUAAUUUUGAUUUUUGUCACCUAAAUGUCAUUUUAGGCCAAAAUUGGUCCAAAAAUUAGAACUACUUUAUUUUCAACAAAAUUUGGCACAGUUAACAAAAAAAGUAUGCUGAACAUAAUGGUGACAUAAUAAUUUUGGUUUUUGUCACCUAAAUGUCAUUUUAGGCCAAAAUUGGUCCAAAAAUUAGAACUACUUUAUUUUCAACAAAAUUUGGAACAGUUAACAAAUAAAGUAUGCUGAACAUGAUGGUGACAUCAAAAUUUUGAUUUCUUCUUACCUAAAUGUCAUUUCAGGCCAAAAUUGGUCCAAAAAUUAAAACUACUUUAUUUUCAACAAAAUCUGGCACUGUAAACAAAUAAAGUAUGCUGAACAUAAUGGUGACAUCAAAAUUUUGAUUUCUUGUUACCUAAAUGUCAUUUUAGGCCAAAAUUGGUCCAAAAAUUAAAACUACUUUAUUUUUGACAAAUUUUGGCACAAUUAACAAAAAAAGUAUGGUGAACAUGAUGGUGACAUCAAAAUUUUGGUUUUUUGCCACCUUAAAUGUCAUUUUAGGCCAAAAUUGGUCCAAAAAUUAAAACUACUUCAUUUUCAACAAAAAUUGGCAAAAUUAACAAAAAAAAGUAUGCUGAACAUAAUGGUGAAAUCAAAAUUUUGAUUUUUGUCACCUAAAUGCCAUUUUAGGCCAAAAUUGGUCCAAAAAUUAAAACCACUUCAUUUUCGACAAAAAUUGACACAGUUAAUAAAAAAAGUAUGCUGAAAAUGAUGGUCACAUCAAAAUUUUGAUUUUUUGUCAACUAAUGCCGUUUAAGACCAUAAACGUUUCAAUCACAAGACUUUCAACCAUGAAUGAUAGGCUGUAUUUUUUGUUAGCAAUUUAUUUUAAAAUGUGAGUUUAUUAUGACACGUUUCGUUUUGUUUGCGUUUGUUGUAAGAUAUAAUGUCACUGAUGGGCUUUAUCUUCAGAGGUUCAUGCACCAAACCCCUUCGAAUGUUUGGCACAAUAAUACAACGAAUUAGCAGGUUUUCAUCAAAUAUUUUGGUAGCGCGCGGAAAUUCUUAGAGCCCCCAGGGCUUCUUGUUGCUCUUCAAAAAUGUUGCAACAUCAACAAAAUUCUGAAAAAUGGGGAAAAUGCUGUCCUAUAGUUUCACAAAAGGUUUGGCUACCUGAAAGUUACUAUCUCACAAAUCGUCAAGUUGAAAACGGUUAUUAGGCACUUUAAGAAUUGAGGACGGGACAAAAUGAUGAAAGACUGGAUCAAGUACACUAAUCUAGUAUGUGAAUAAUCACCUUAAAGGGAUCUGAGGUAUAAAAUGAUGUUGGGCUUAUAUUAUAGAGCUUAAAAAAUUGGUGAACAAGUCUUUUUAAAUUUUUUAAAAAGCUCUUUUCGUUCUCAAGAUAUUCACAUUUAAAGAAUUUCAGAUUUAAUUAUGUUGCAUAAAUUAUGAUGUAACAUUUCAUUAGCAAAUUUUGACAUUUUCCGUCAUCAUCAAUUUCAGACCUGUUAAGGGAUAUGCAUUUAAAGUUUAUCAAUGCAUAGAUAUUAUAAAGGUGAAUUGAUUAACAUACAUUUUUUUGACAAAAUGACACUUAUUUGCUCAUCCCAGGCCUCUUAUUUUUAGGGAUGACUCCAUAACUUGGGAUCUGCAUGUCGGUUUGCAAUCUUUGAUCCGCUUUAAAUUGUUCCAAGCCAGCUGAUUUUUAAGUUUUCAGCAAUAACUUUCCAAACAUUCCCUCUCUGUGUUGUCCGUGCUUUAUAUUUGUAGGGUUAAAAAAGAAGCACUUCUCUCAACAACGGUUUGUCCUUACGAACAUUCCAAACCAUAUGUGACCUUAAAAAGUUUUUAAAAAAUAGUAGAAAAAGCAGCUUUUACUUUCGUACACACAAUUUGGUUUUUUCACAGAUUAGCUAUACACUUAUAUUACAUUUAUGUAACAAAUUUGAAGAAAAGUAUGUACAUAAUGAUGAUUUUACCUUUUUUGACACUUUGCAAUUUCUUCAUCCAUUUUUAUCAAGUAAAGCGAAAAAGAAAGUUGUCACCUUUAUUUCAUGAUGCGAAACCAUAUGUCUUCAUGUUGUGAACUUUUGCUAGAUGGCUGAAUAGGUGGAAUCACCUGGUUCUAAGCAUGCACAGUGUUGAAAAAUUACAGAAUUUUAGGAAAUUCUCGUCCUUAAAACUUCCCGUCCUUAUUUCUUAAGGUGCCUAUUUGAAGUGCUGGUAUGGUCAUCCUUUGGAAAAAAAUGAGUGGACAUCCAUUUCCCUGCUGUUAUACAAAGAAUCUUUACAAGACAAAUAUGCAAAGGAUAGCCGAAAUAUGUGAUGUAUUAA